AUGGCGAUCUUCAGCUCGAGCAAGAAGUCAAAGAAGGACACGCCGAAUACGACUGGCACCUCCCAGCCUCUGAACCAGUCGCAGUCGAGCAACAGUUUCUCGCGCAGCGCAUCAGGCUCCCUGGUCGCCAGUGUGGAUCGACCGCCAGGCCAGCAGCUGCCGACGUCGCCGCCGUCGUCGCACUCACAAUCACAGGCCACAUCCAUGGGCCAGCCCCUCCAUCCAUUUGCGGCGGAGAACGCUCUCACGGCUGCUACGCGCACUUUGGGCUCUGAUGAAGGUGCGAAUGUGGCGGCUACAGACAUGGCGCCCGGUGGGCCCGAAUCGUCACCCGCGCCAUCAGUCAACGCACACGCUCGUGGCGGCGGCAGCGGUGGCGGCUACGCAGGCAACGGUGGCAGCGGCACGUCGUCGUCGACAUCCAAUAUCGCACAGGGUACCACGAGUCUGCAGACUCACUCGAACAGCUUAAUGUCGCAGCCCCAACCGGCGGGUCAGUCGAGCCACACCGUCCUCUAUCCGUGGGCUCAGCGUCGACUCGUGUUUGCUCCAACCGCGCUCUUCCCUCCCCUCGAUUCCAACAAUCCCACGGCCGCACCUGCGAUAGUGGGUCCCGCAUCUCCACCUCCCUUUCCACGCUACGGCCAUAGCGUGAACCCUGUGGCGGCGGUAUCAACGGGCGAACUGUACAUCUUCGGCGGCCUCGUCCAGAAUGCGGUCAAGAAUGAUUUAUAUGUCUUGAACUGUACCGGCGGCUUCGUCCACACCACCUCGAAUCUCCCAUCCGGGUCGGCGUCUUCUCCGAUUAGCAUCGGACUAGUCGAGACGCGGGGCGAGGUCCCCGGGCCUCGUGUGGGGCACGCAAGCGUCGGUGUGGGCAACGUUCUGAUCGUCUGGGGUGGUGACACCAAGAGCCGGCCCGAGGACUUGCAAGAUGACGGCCUUUAUCUGCUCAACCUAAGUAAGUCGAGUAUGGCGUCGAUCGAACUGCAGAUGUUGGGGGUGGACUGACACCGCCUCGAUCGAUCCAGGCACAAAGGAAUGGACUCGGGUGAAGACAAUUGGGCCGGCCCCGGAGGGUCGCUAUGGUCACGCCGCCUCCAUGGUCGGCAGCAAAUUCUACAUUUUUGGAGGUCAAAAGGAUGACGGGGGGUUCAUGAAUGAUCUCGUUUGGUUUGAUUUGCAGAAGCGUGAGUCCUCGAGGUGCAGGGUGGCGGUUGUGUAGGCGCUGACGGCGAUUUCCAUCGCUGGCCUCGGCAGUCAAAGCGGGUUCGCCUAAAUGGACAUUCAUCGACUAUGCUAGUGGCGCAGUCGUUCCGCCGCGGCGAACAGGUCAUACCACAGUGACUCACGGCGACUGUAUUUAUGUGUGCGUAGUGUGCUUGAACGUCAGUGUUUUCCGACUUGCUCUCGAACUGACUCAUGUGGCGAGGCCUUCCAAUAAUUCGGGAAUUCAGCUUUGGAGGAACCGACGGACAAUACCACUACAACGACACCUGGUGCUUUGAUACUAACACAGGUGUCUGGGUCGAGCUCUCGUGCAUCGGCUACAUUCCGGUUCCGCGCGAGGGACAUGCCGCAACUCUCGUCGACGACGUCAUGUACGUCUUCGGAGGCCGCGGCGUCGAUGGUAAAGACCUGGAGGAUCUGGCCGCUUUCGAGAUCACAAGUGAGUCGAGCUCGCAUAUUCGCGCAUAUUCGCCAGGAACCCCACACCUUGGAACUGAGAGUGCGCAAUGCCUGAGGUACAGAUCAACGAUGGUUCAUGUUUCAAAAUAUGGGGCCCGCUCCCUCCGGUCGCUCCGGACAUGCGAUGGCGACUUGGCAGAACAAGGUUUUCGUGCUAGGCGGCGAAUCCUACACGGCGCAGCGCCAUGACGAUCCGGGUUUCAUCCAUGUCCUAGACACAGGCAAGAUCAAGUAUCCAUCCGAUGCGGCGCGACAGUCUUCAGUGCCACGGAAGAUGUCGUCCCCGACCAUGGGUACACCCUCGUCACCGAUUGGCAAUGUGCCUCGUUCUAACGGGGAGGAGGACCGUCGUGCCGCCUCGCCGAACUCGCCGAACGGAAGUCAACACGGAGGGAGGCUCUCUCCAAACGGGAGACCUUCACUCAGUAGCUUUGGGCAGGUCUUUGCACCUCAUCGGAACGGUUCGCCAGCGAGCCUCCCCUCAACUUUGGCCCACGGGUCGAAGCGCACAUACAGCAGCUCUCCGCCGGCUCGACCUGCACGUCCCGAGACUUUACCCUCGCCCGCCAUGGGCGCGCUUGAGUCUGCUUCCGAGGAACGAGCUUUGUCACCGUCAGGCAGUCAGAGACCACGCGGCGCAGCGCCUUCGCCUUUCCCAAGCUCACCGAUUCAACCAGGGUUCUCGCCGCAGAGCCUUUCAGCGUCUGCUGCGUCGGCCAGCCAAUUUGGCGACAGAACUGCCAAUGGCUCAUCCUCCGUCGCUGCUGAACCAGAGGCCGUGAAGACACCUACACCCCUAGCCUCGGCGAUCAAAAUGAAUGGUGUGAUGACAAGGAAUCCGAAUGAUGACUCACGUGGGCAGGACGCACAGUCGUACUCCGAGCUUUUACUCAAAAACGAGGAGAUUGCGGUGCUGAAGGCGCGGGAGCUAUGGCUUACCGAAUCACUGUCGCUGGCCACCCAGAGGGGCUACAAGGUCACAGUUGGAGCACGAGAAGGGGAGUCAAGUGCAAGUGCUACGCCGAGUGAUCCAGCGACAUUCGCUAUGAUCUUGCAAGUCAAGGAGAAUCUUGCCGAGACGAAGGUCAGCCACUCACCUUGAACUUUUGAUGUUGAUAAUCCUCGCUGAUGUGCGAUACUUGAUCUCUCGCAGCGCCUGCUUGCCGAAGAAGCUGAAACGGUCGAAGAGCGCGUGCGCCGAGCGAAUGCGGGCCGGAUUGUGGCACUUCAAGAGGCCGCGUAUUACCGUUCUAAAGCAGCCGCUCUUGAACGCGGGAUACCGGCCGAUUUUGCCGCUGUGGAACGUGAGCGAGCCAGAACACUGGAGGACAAACUCGCCCAAGCCCUGGCUACGCAGUCGGCUCUCGAGCUCCGCGUCACCCAACUCGAGUUGGAUGUGGAUCGGCACGUAGAUCUGCGAACCGUUCUUGAAGAGCAACGGGCUAUGGCCACCAAUCGAGCUGAUGCGGCGGAGGCCUCGUACGCGCGGGCGCUCAGCGACUGCGCCGAGGUGCAACGACGUGCACAAAGCCACGAGUCUACUAUUCAAGUACAUGCGCAAAAAAUCGUGACCUUGACCGCCGCCUCUAGCCAGCUUGAGGCAAAGAAUUCGUCCCUAGGACGCGAUCUCGAAUCGAGCCGAACCGAAGUCGAUCAGCAUGCUGCUGCAGUUGAGCAGACUCAUGCAGCUUUGCUCGCCGCUUCGAACCGCAACGAUGAACUCUAUGCGCUUUGGGAGAAGGCGACCGCUGAUGCAACAGAACAUCGCUCGCGCGGAGCCAAACUCCAAACCGAGCUCGAUGCCCAGCGAGCUGAAUUUGCUGCAUUGUCGGAGCGUGCAACCAAUCUCGAGAGGACAUUAACGUCUACUAGAGAAGCGUACUCGAAGGCGCAGAUCCUCAUCACGAAUGGUCUCGUUGGGCUGACGGCAUCGCGCCACGAGCAGCAGAACCAAGACGUCGGAUCCGAAAGCACAGAGCAAGUCGAACGUGCUCGGGCGCUGGAACGCGAACGCGACGAUCUUCUGCGGCUCCAUCAAGACAUGCUAACCAAAUAUGGUACAAGUACGAGUGAGCUGGACGGGGCCCUUCAACGCGAAGCUCUGACGCGUUCGCAACUCGCCGAGCUUCAAAAUGAGCUAGCUUCCUGUCGCCAGCAGCAUGCCCUCGCUCUUGAUGAGGCGGCGCGCCAUCGAUCCGCGCUGCUUGGAGCCGAAGCCAAACUGAACACAGCCACGCAGAUCAAGGAGGCGGCCGAAGUCAAGAGUGUUUUAAUGCGUAGCGUGCUCUCGGAUCAUGGACUGUCGCCCGUCGCCGAUGCCGAUCUGGCUACCCGAUUCCCCCCCUUGUCAGGCACAGACUCGCCGGAGCUUUUACAGCGCAGAGCUGAGGACCUAGAGGCGCGCUUAGAGCAGAGGGCUGGUGCGUAUCGGGAGGUGGAAGCUUCGCUUGCCUCGGAGCGAAAGACGAGUGCUUCCAAGGUAGAAGCGCUCCAACGCAGCUUGCAGGAUCUUCAGUCUCGAAGCCCCGUCGAGUCGGCAGCGGACCGCGAACGGGCGACCAAAGCAGAGUUCGAUCUUGCGACACUUCAAGAGCGGCACCGGCAACUUGAAGGAACGCAUUUGAAAGCCGUCAGCUACGUCAAAGUGUGUUCUGCCUUGAGCGAGCGAGAUACUUAGGCACUCGCACUGACCCUUGCGGACUGCUGGCAUGAUCAGGGAACGGAGAAAAUGCUCAGACGCAUGAAGGAGGUGUGUCGCUAGCUACGAUGUGGCCAAAUCGAUGUGUUCCAUCCGAGCGGAUGCUUAUAGUCAAUCUUGUAUCACAUUAGGAACUUACUCGGUACAAAGAGCGGUGCGAGGAAUUUGAAGCCAAGGACAAGGCCCCGCGACCCGAGCAUGUGGCCGAACUCGAGACGCUGCGAUCUGCCCUCACGCAAGCACAAAACACCUCGGGCGAGCUCGAACGGCAGAUCACUUCGUUACGCGAGGAGCAUACACGGACACUUCAAACGUCUCGCGUGCAAUCGGAACAGCAGCUCCACCAAAUGACCGGCGAAGUCACGAGGUUGGAUAAGGAGCUCCGGAAAGCCCAGAAUGAUCUCGAGGAGACUUUGGCGGUCAAUGCGUCCCUGAACAAGUGAGUCAGUAGCAGAAGAUGCGGUGCCGCCUAUAGGCUUGAGUUGGAUGUUGACCAUGCUUGAUUUCUGCAAAAGAGAGCUCACUUCAGCUCUGAAGAAUACUGGCUCAUCGACCCGUGGCUCGCGGGGCGCCGACGAGAUGGGCCGCCUCGAAGCCGAACUGACACAGUGCGUCCUCAAGAAUCUUAUGCUCCAGACACUUCCGCACUGAUGGCGCUGAGUACGGUUGAGUUCUCAGGGCUCAGAACAAGGCGGAAUGGCUGAAACGCGAGAACGCUCAACUCGAGACGAGAUGUCGAACUGCGUCAGUCUUGCGAGCAGCGGCUGUCUGGCUGAUUUGAUGUGAGGCCACCCGGCUAAUGUCCUCGAGUUUUGCAGUGAAUCGAAGAUCAGCAUCUUAUUGGACCAUCUCGAGGGUGCACCGGCCGAAGCAUCCGAGGGCGCAGGGUCAAAGUAG